CGAAUCCACACCACACACACAUCUGUGUCUCCCUCGUUGUCGUCGUCAUCAGUCUUGGGUUGACGCCCACGGCCCCGACGGACGCAGCUCGACUUGCAUCAGCACCCUACGGACCGCACCCGAUUAUUUGGCCGGCGCGAGUCGACGGGCUGCUCCCACGCUCCCUAGUAUGAGAUUUCCGACGAUGCACGCGGUCGACACCGCAUUACUCAUCCCCUUGCUACUCGCCCCGUUGCCGGUGGCUGCCCAGUUCCAGUGCGAGCACAUCGUGGUCGAUAAGCAAGCCUUCGACCUAUCUAAGCUGGGCGGGCCGCACUCCGUCGUCGUCACCAGCCAUAUACCAGGCGGAAGUCCUCACAACACGACCUACACUGUCGACAUAUGCGGUGUACUUCGGAAAUCGGGCGACAAGAAGGAGGAGAAAUGCCCCGACAACUCGCGAGCAUGUGCCAUCCAGCGUAUUAAUGGCGUGUUCAACAAGGCCGUCCCGCUCGCUGGCGAGCUCUCGGACCUCAAAGGCGGCCCGCUAGAUGCGCAAGUGACGCGGCUCCCUACGUCAGACUCGAACACGGACGCGCAAAAGCACGGCCUACUCCUCGUCCUAAACGGCGGCUUUAGCUGGUCCGAAAACGGCGACAAACGCAACCAGCGGGUGGCCAUCGAGCUCGUCUGCGACGAGAAUCGUGACGGUACCGAGGCCGAGUACGAUCCGGCUGAAGACAAGUACGAGCGCGGCGAUAACCCGCCUAGUCGGAGGGACGCGACAACCAACCCGCUGCUGUACCGCGCUGACGGCGAUGACGACAAGGGUGGCGACGGUGGUGCGCCGAAGGACGUCCAGCUGGGUAUCGAUAGCAAGCCCAGCUUGAUAUUCAACAGCUACGCACCCUUAGAAAAGAAUUCGGACACGGAUGUGUUGCGGCUGACUUGGCUGUCCAAGUACACAUGCGACAAAAGAGCUGAGGAGGGCGGUGGAGGACCAGACGCACACUGGGGCUUCUUCACAUGGCUGGUGAUUCUCAUCUUCCUCGGCACCGCAGCCUACCUCAUCUUCGGGUCCUGGCUCAAUUACAACCGCUAUGGCGCACGGGGCUGGGACCUGCUCCCGCACGGAGACACCAUCCGCGACAUUCCGUACCUACUCAAGGACUGGACCCGGCGCGUUCUGAACACGGUACAAGGGAGCGGCAGCCGCGGCGGCUACAGCGCCGUCUAAAGUGUCGGAUCGGAAUGACGGGGUGUCUGACGGGGAAAUAUCAUGAGGAAGAGGAGAGGUAGAGAGACGUGGUCGUACGCAGAUAGAGCCGCCAAGACGGUAAUACGCGUGCAGUCCCUUCCAUUGCAUCAGGCGGAGAAGCAUAAAAUGAUUUGCGGGAGGGGCGUUGACGGAAUAUUAUUUCUUUAGAAUCGGCUCCAGGCUCAGACAGGAUGCAAUGCCGACUCGGAUGCCCGCCCCUCCCCCCUGGCCCCUAUACCGUCACGUAUUUAUACACGAACUAGCCUCGAGAAGCAAGAGAUGGAAAGGGGGGGGCCUGGCGGCUGGCGGCUGGCGAAAGACAGGAGAGGAGCAGACGAGGGAUUAGAUCCUAUGUAGCAAUUGCUUCCCCGCCAUCCCACGCACCCCCGUCUCCUUU